AUGUCAAACCCUCAAUCCUUAUCCCAAGGAGCUUCCUCUCAUAUGCCAUCAGCCUCAACGGCCCCUUCAACAGCUAGGUCGAUGCAUGCCUCUAGCCGGUUGUAUGAUGUCGCAUCACUCGAGAAUGACGGCUCCAACUUCCAGACGUGGAAGUACCGCAUUAUGACCGUCCUCGACAUCCGCGGACUGUGGGAAAUUGCAAAUGGCACAGAGAAGAAGCCU